UAACUUUUUUCAUCUUUUAAUGGAUAAUUCAAUAUCCAAUUAAUGGUCAACACAAUCAAUGAUUAAAUUGAUUGGUUUGUCACAAUUAAUUGUCUUCCAAUAGUCGAUAUCUUUUUCAUUAUCAUUUAAACUCUAAUUUUUUGGAUUAUCUUUUUGCUUUCAUUGUGUUCAAUCAAAUUGUGGAUUUUUGUGAAAAUUAUUAUUACAAUGGAUUAUUUAAUUGCUUCUAAAUUGUACACAAUUCUAGUUUUGUUGUUAACAAUUAAUGGUUACAACUGUACCUGUUACUUUCCCAUAGAGUAUCAAGGUACUUUUAUGAUGCAAACCCAAGCUUCAUCUUCAUCAUCAUCUUCUUCAAAUGAAGUCACAUAUUCGGAGAUUACCAUUGAAGCUGAUGCCAUAUCACCAUGGGGUUCAUGUCAUGAACGCAAUGGAACCAAUGUUAUCCUAACUGACUCAACUGGACCAGAUACAAAUUGUAUGAGAUGUUUACAUUUAUCACUUAAAACUGGUAAUAUAUUACAAAUACAUGCUGAAGGAUUGGCUCGAUGUUACACUAAUGUUGAAGCUGCUAAGGCCACUUGUCCAACCGAUAAAACUCUGAAAGAGAAUAGAUCAACAUUAGAAUUAAUCUUAUUUCGUAAACAUAUUCCAGUAGAAAAUAUUGAAACAAUUGAAAAGGUUUUCUGUCCAAUUAAUGGUCGUUAUAAGUUGACUUAUACAACAAACAAUGGUCAAGACCAAUGUACUUCAAGUCCAUCCGAUAUAUCAAAUUGUCCAAAAGGGAAUGUCCUUUCAGCGCGUUUCCGUAAAUGCCAAUCAAUUCCUGAUCAAGAAAUACAAUUUCAAUGUUUGGGUGACUGGGAAAAUACUAACGGAGGAAGUGACAGAUUCAUCGCUCUAUUGGACCUUUCAUCGGAACCAAGAAAUAGACCAAAAUAUCGAUGUGGAAUGUUUCGGGAAAACUCAACCAACGGACAAAUUUAUGUCUCACUCUCAGCUGAUUCAACUUGCUCAACCAAUCUCGUUAAUGCAAGGAUUGGAUAUGAAACAUUAACAUUGACUCCAACAAUUGGUGAUAAAAUAAUGACUCGAUAUCCGAUUACUGAGAGCAUCAAAUGUCGAUUUCCUGAUUGGACUCAAGGAAAAUGGGAUCGAAGUCGAAUCGACGGAAAUCAAUUCAAGUUUAAAGAUGUGGUCAACAACUACAGGACAUUAACAUCAAAAUGUAUAAUGAGACAAUCAAAUACACCAAAUGAUAGAUUCAUUGUUCACAGUUCAACUCAAUGCUAUACACUUGAGUUUCAAUUCGGUGCCAAAUCAAGUCCUAAUUUAUUGGCUCAUUUAUGUGAUGAUCAACAUUUUACAUCAAACAAUUGGAUAACCCAAGGACGUAAAAUCGUUACAAUUCAAACUCCUUGUCCAAUUACCGGUGAUUAUACAGGAAUCGUUCCCAAUGUAACUGGAUUAUGUGCAAAAGUAUCAUCUGAUUGUAAUAAUCCUGAUAUAAUGUAUCAUUCAGUUUCCAGUUGUGAAAAUGCAUCUCAUGUUUUUGAAGAGCGUGAAUAUCGUUGUUUAGGGAACUGGGAAGAAGACGGAAUCCUUUAUACAUUCACUCAACGCAGAGACGCAACUGGAUAUCAAUGCUUUGCUGGUAAAAUCUUGGGCAAUGGUGAAGUUGCUUACAUCAGAGAAGCUGGUGAAAAUUGUAUUCGAGCUGAACAUCCAUUAACUGUUGGAAUGAAAAUCACAAAGCAAGUGGCUUGUCAACGGAUCAUUACAACGACAAAAGCUCCUUGGCCUUUAAGGACUGAUAGGAUAUACCAAGUGCACAAAGCUCAGCCAUCAUUUCAACCAGCACUAAGAACUGUUUCGACUAAACCGAUAGCUCAACCCUUACCUCAUCAUAUUCCUCGUCCAAUUCAGUCCAUGUUGGGAUUCAAUGACAACAACCCUCAUUGGUACCAAUCUGAUCCUCCAGCUAAAAAGAUAUGGAAACCUGCUUCAAUUACACCAUUUAAACAAUCAAAAAUGCACAGAAGUUCAGGAUCGUCCAUUUGUCCAAUAAUUUUAUUAACAAUCGCCUUUGCCUUCCUCAGUAGUCUGGUCAGAUAGACAACUUUAAAUCGAUAUACUAUUGUUAAACUGUGAUUAACUUGUUACCUAUUCUUGCGAUUGUUCAAGCCAAAUCGUAUCUUUGGAUUGUCUGUCACUAAACAUUCAGCAUCCAAAGCGACCGAGAAAUACAAUGAAAAAUGACAAACCUAACGUUAAAUCAACUAGUCAUUUGUUGGUACAAGCUUUGUUAGAUGAAGAAUCUAAACCCAUGAAAUAUCUGAUUGCCAUUGUCUUUUGAAUCAACUACAAUGGCUAAAACCACACUAAAUGGCAAAUUAUUUUACAUAUUUUUUUAUCGCACCAAAAAAACCCCGAGUCAACUAUCUUAACCAGUGAAUUAUCCUAGUCAACCAAAUUGAAUUUAAAUAAAAAGAUAUUGUUUAACAAAUUUA